GAACUUCCCACACCCAUUAGCAUUUGCUUUACAACUUAUUCGUCUGAAAGAUCUCCCAGUUCCUAUUGUCUUGCUUUCUCUCUUUAAAAACAGUACUCUACUAGUCUUUUGUUCUUGCGCUUAAUUAGUUUGUUUGGAUAUCCUGAUUCUCAUACUAGUAAUCACAUAGUACUAGUCAUAAUGGGUCUUGCACUUGAGAGAGUUAUGUUUUUCAUGGCUUUAGCUGUUUUGUGUGUUACUUCUUCAAUGGCUGAAGUUUACAUGGUUGGUGAUGGCUAUGGAUGGACAUCAUGGGAAACUGGUAGCAUGCCUGAUUACAAAGAAUGGUCUGCUUCAAAAGCCUUCAAAAUUGGCGAUUCCAUUGUUUUCGAGUAUGAGCCAGAGUGGCACAAUGUGGUCCAAGUGAGUUACGAGAACUACAAGAAAUGCAACGCUUCAUCACCAAUCAAAACCUUCACUUCUGGCAUAGAUUUAAUUCCAAUUAAGGCUGAGGGACACUUAUUCUACAUUUGUGGAGUUUCUGACCACUGUGAAAUGGGACAAAAAGUUGAUAUUAGAGUCGUGGAUCGUGAUAUUAGACUUGAUAUUGGAGUACUUGCUGAUCGUGCUACCCCUGAACCUCCAACAACUUCAGCACCAGCACCUUCUUCUUCCGCUCCUGCACCUUCACCAUCAGUCAGUGCUCCAGCUCCUUCACCAAGCAAUGCUGUGACUAUUUCAAAGGGUCUUAUUGGAAAGUUUGGUUUCGUUAUUCUUGCAGUAGCAGCUGUUGUUGCUUACUAGGAUUCUUAUGAUGCUACCUUGGUUAUUUAUAAGAUGAGAUCUUAGUUUGCUUUAGGCUGUUUUAUGGAAUUAUAGAUUGAUAUGGAUUUUACGGUUUUACUUCCAGUGCCUAGUAGUAUCUGCUACAUUGUUGUGGCCCUUGCUAUCUCAGUUGUAAAACGAAAGUCUGCACAUAAAUAAAUACACAUUUGGUACUUCAAUUUUAUGUCAUCA